CAUGACUCAGUACCCAUUAUCGACGAGGAAUAUUCCGACGUCGUAUCUCCUUCCCUCUCAAUGGCCUCUCCCCCACAACGAGGAGCUCCUCCUCACCAUGGAAGAAUCCGAUUUUGAAGAGAAGUGCAAUGAAAUCAGGAAGAUGAACAGCAACCUGGUUGUGAUUGGGAAGACAACUAACGAGAACGAUAAGGAAGACUUUGACAAUGAUGCUGAUGAUGAUGACGUGGACAAUGCUGACGAAUCAGAGGGUGAAGAAUUCGAGCAAGAAACAGGUUGAAGAUCAUGUUUGCAUUUCAUCAAUGUUGAUUGGACCCGAACAAAUCAUUGUACCAAGAAGUGGAUCACAUUCAUAUCAUACUUUCUGCUAUGUUUUUAGAGAAUGGGUUAAAAAUGCACCAAGUUAGACUUCUUGUUUGAUGCACUAAGAAGUUCAGUGUAGAUUUAAUUGGGGUUUUUGAUAUUAGAUUAUGUUAAGAUUUAAGCCCUUAGAUUUAUCUUGGUGCAUGCAUCAUAGCAUUGUCUAUAUUUAUAUGCUCUUUCUUAUGCUUAAUCAAACACCAAUGAACUGAGAAUACUCAAGUAGCAUACUUGUUCUACUAUUGAUUAAAGUAAUAAAAUAAAAGAUUAAUCACCAUUGAGUUUAUAA